UGUAUACAAUAUAAUUAUAUAACCCGAUAGUGUUGGAUUCAUUUUCAAUCGGUAUAUUUAAUUAUGAAAAGAAACAAAGAAUAUUUAAUUGGAUAAUAUUGUUAAAUCAUAAUGCAAUAAUAUUUAAAUUAUGUAUCAAUCACAUUGUUUAUUAUUAAUAAUUUUAUUAACAAUUUAUACUGUGAAUAUUCUUCAAGGAUGUAUGAAAUCAUCAAUGUUUUAUCGUACACCAAUACGUACACGUUCACAUGUAUUUGUACCAGGAGAAUAUCAACCAAAACAAUUAGAAAGUAAUUUAGAAGCAAGUGGACCAUUAGAUACAAGAGAUUUUCAUAAUCAAUUCCCAAAUAAACGUUUAGUACGUGUUGAUUCACCAUAUAUUAUAUUCGAUUCUGAAGAAGCUAGAUGGAUGACAAAAACAAUGAAAAUAAAGCGACAAGUUUUCUAAAAAUAAAAAAAAAACGACGACAACAACAACAACAAGAAAACGCUGUUAACCAAUAAAACUUUUUUUUUCACUUGGUAACAGAUGAUAAAUUAGUUGAUAUCUUAAUUUAUUGUAUAUGUAUUAGAUAAAUUAUUGUUUUAUUUCCCC